CCUGUUGUUCGUUGCUCCGUAAUGAUUCUCCCUCCUUUGCCCACUGUCCCCUGUCGCUCUCCAGCUCACUCGCCUCACUAGUUGCUUAGCACUCUCUGUUCUCACGGAGAUCUAGAGCUUCACAAAACAAGGAGGAGCACUCACUUUACUUUCUUAUGCUUGAUCCGGGAAGUUAUAAGAACGAUAGGUGCUCAGGAAAUUUCCACCAGUUGGUACAGUUUAUAAGUAAAUUGCUUGUCGAAUGUGAGCUCGGGACUACAUCUUGAACAGAAUGGUGAUCAAGAGUAAUCUCUCAGGCAACAGAACACGAAAACCAGUGUCCAUCUUUGUGGCCCUCGGUUUGUGUUGUUGUUUCUACUUGUUGGGAACAUGGCAAAAGAGCGGCUUUGGUAAAGGAGAUAGCAUAGCUCGUGAAAUAACUAAGCGUACUGAUUGCAAUGUCUUCACAAACCUGAACUUUGAGACGCAUCAUAAUGAUGUUGAGAUCACUGAACCUCCCGAGCAAAAGAUUGAAGUGUUUGAGCCUUGUGAUGUUAAAUAUACUGAUUAUACUCCUUGUCAAGAACAGGACAGGGCAAUGACAUUCCCUAGAGAGAAUAUGAUAUACAGGGAAAGACAUUGUCCUUCAGAUGAUGAAAAAUUGCGCUGUCUUGUCCCCGCUCCUAAAGGUUAUAAGACUCCAUUUCCCUGGCCAAAAAGCCGUGACUAUGCCUACUAUGCUAAUGUGCCUUACAAACACUUGACGGUUGAAAAGGCUGUCCAGAACUGGGUGCAGUUCAAGGGUGAUGUGUUCAAGUUUCCGGGUGGCGGUACAAUGUUUCCUCAGGGAGCAGAUGCUUAUAUUGAUGAACUUGCUUCAGUGAUACCAAUAGCUGACGGUUCUGUCAGGACAGCUCUCGACACUGGUUGUGGAGUGGCGAGCUGGGGUGCAUACCUGCUGAAAAGAAAUGUAUUGGCCAUGUCGUUUGCACCAAGAGACAACCACGAAGCGCAGGUGCAAUUUGCGUUGGAGAGAGGAGUGCCUGCCGUUAUUGGUGUCCUUGGAACUAUACGUCUUCCAUACCCAUCAAGAGCCUUCGACAUGGCUCAGUGCUCUCGUUGCUUAAUUCCAUGGACUGCUAAUGAGGGCAUAUAUCUGAUGGAAGUCGAUAGAGUCCUCAGGCCUGGUGGAUACUGGAUCUUGUCUGGCCCUCCCAUCAAUUGGAAGAUGUACUACCAGACAUGGAAGCGCUCUAAGAAGGAGCUUCAGGCAGAGCAAAGAAGGAUAGAAGAGCUGGCUGAACAACUGUGCUGGGAGAAGAAGUACGAGAAAGGAGACCUUGCCAUCUGGAGGAAAAAAGUAAAUGACCGAUCUUGCCAAAGGAAAUCUGCCCCCAUAUGCCACUCUAAAGAUGCCGAUGAUGUCUGGUACGAGAAAAUGGAGAUGUGCAUAACUCCUUUCCCCAAGGCAGCAAGUUCUAAUGAAGUGGCAGGAGAGGAACUGAAGAAGUUCCCGGCCAGGCUUAAUGCCGUCCCGCCUCGAGUAGCUAAAGGGUCUGUUCCGGGAGUCACGGCUGACAUAUAUGAUGAGGACAAUAAAAUCUGGAGAAAGCAUGUCAGUAGCUAUAAGCGGCUCAACAAAUUGAUUGGCUCCACGAGAUAUCGCAACGUGAUGGACAUGAAUGCGGGCCUCGGUGGGUUCGCAGCGGCACUUGAAUCGCCAAAAUUGUGGGUUAUGAAUGUCGUGCCAAACAUUGCAAAGAACACGCUAGGCAUCGUCUACGAGAGGGGUCUGAUAGGCAUUUACCACGACUGGUGUGAAGGCUUCUCUACUUACCCGAGGACGUAUGAUCUAAUUCAUGCCAGCGGGCUCUUUAGCUUGUACAAGGGCAAGUGCAAGUUUGAGGACAUUCUUCUGGAGAUGGACCGCGUAUUGCGGCCCGAAGGCACGAUCCUCCUGCGGGAUGAGGUUGAUACGAUGAACGAGGUAAGGAAGAUCGCUGGAGGAAUGAGGUGGGAUAUCAAGUUGGUGGAUCACGAGGAUGGCCCCCUCGUGCCCGAGAAGAUAUUGGUCGGGGUCAAACAGUAUUGGGUCGGUAGCAGUGGCAACAGCACGUCGGACAUGUAGAAGAUCUCACAUUCUUUUCCCCAGGUUUCAAUGGAAGCCAAAGAAAUCCCAUUUGGAUUUGAGCAGGGCCAUCAGCAGAAAUGCAAGUUCCUAUCAUAUGGGGAUGCAAGUGUUCUUUCAUAGGCCAUUCUGUUUAGCACUUACUUGUUUUGGAUUUCUUAGGAGGAUUUGCCAGGGUAAAACCCAAAAUGGCUUUUCACACUGCCAAAAUAAUCAGGCUAUCUGUCACCCGGGAUUUCGCCGGGCCUGUGUAACGAUCAUAAUGAAAGUUCCUGGAUCAGUCGUCACGCUA